AUGCGCUCUUCAAUAAUCUUUGUCUUCUCACUUUUCUUUGCUCUUGUUUUCUCGACAGCCUCAGCGGCUGACGGCAAUUCUUCGUCAUCAGCAGAUCCAAAAGGGUGCUCACAGUGUUGGGUGUCUGCACGAGGAAAAAUUCAAGAAUGCACAUCCAUUUCACAAACAGAGCUUUCAUCGUUUUCCGAUGCUUCAGACACCACACUUGCUCAAAACAGCGCUAACUACCCCACACUUAUCCCGUGUCUAUGUACUCUAGUCAAGAAGAUUGACAGUAUACUCUCUGGUUGCUCGGCGUGUUCGGGUGAUCUUGGUACGGGACUAAAGACCGAAGCCUUGAUUGUGGGGCAACAAGUAUGUGGUAUAAAAAAAGACUCGACAACCAAUGAUUCGACUGAUGUUUCAUCGUCGUCUUCAAGUUCUGACUCAUCGGCAUCGUCAGAGAACUCGAAUGGUGACGUUAAGACAGCCUCGUAUUCUACUGCGUCAUCGUUAUCAUCGCCUAGUUCGUUAGUUAGUUUGACGCUUGCACUUGUUGCCGCUUUAAUAUUUACCCUUUGA